GGAGGGACAAGCCAAUUUACCCCAGGGCAGUGGCCUGGUUCUCCGAUGCCCGUAUUAAGUCCACAGGGAGGGGAGAACCCAGUUUGGACUCCUGAUUGCCACACACCCCCUAUCCUGUUCUUAAUGCCAUACACAGAGGGGGUUGAUGAGAAAACAGGAUAUUCAAAGGACAAAUUGGAUAGUGCAAGGAAGAAUUUAAUAAACCAAUUGGGUGAAGAGGAACAGGUUAAGCAAUUUCCUCUAAGAGAGACCCCGAAUGGAGUAAAUGCCCAAGGGGCCCCAAUUAUAACAUAUGUACACGAACCGCUAAGGGCAACGGAGGUUCGGGCAUUUAAAAAGGAAAUGAAAAACUUCAUUGAGGAUCCAUUGACAGCUAGCGAUCAAUUGGAUUCUCUAUUAGGACCUAACAUAUAUACUUGGGAAGAAAUACAAAAUAUAAUGGGUAUUUUGUUUAGCCCCGAAGAGAGAAAUUUAAUCAGAGUAGCCGCCAUGGCAGUGUGGGAAAGAGAAAACCCUGUGGUGGCGGGAGGGAAUCAAGAUAGAGGAGAUACUAAAUAUCCCCUGGUAAAGCCAAAUUGGAAUAAUAAUGAAGCAGAGGGGAGAAGAAACAUGCAAGAUUUAAGAUCAAUAAUUAUAAAGGGGAUGAGGGAAGCAAUACCAAGAACUCAGAACAUGGCUAAAGCCAUGGAUAUAGAGCAGGGAAAGGAAGAAGCACCAGCUACAUUUUUGCAACGUCUCAAGGACGGAAUGCGAAAGUAUGCGGGGGCGGAUCCUGACGAUGCCCUAAAUGUACAGAUAGUUAAAAUUCAAUUUGUAACUAAAGCAUGGCCAGACAUUGCAAGGAAAUUACAAAAGAGAGAGAAUUGGGCUACAGAAUCUUUAGAAGUUUUGUUAAAGGAAGCGCAGAAAAUAUAUGUGAAUAGGGAAGAGGAAAAAGUGAAGAAAUUGAACACUGGUGUAGUGAAAUAGUAGAUUUAGAAACAAAAAUUAGGCCAGAUUUACAGGA